CAGAAAGAACAGUAACAAUGCAGGCAGGGCGCCGGACAAAGCACUCGGGACAAAAUUGUAUUGAGUGAAUGUCAAAUUUUUACAUUUUUGAAUUUCCCGCCAGUUCCGUCCCCCAUACGUCCCGAGAUCGCAGGGAACGGAACCCAGAAGAUGGAUGCUGGCAUGGGCCGGAGGACAUAGCCGGGGACGCUGCAGGGGGACAUCGCGGGAACGCAGGACAAGGUAAGUGCUGGAGGGAUCACUCAACAACGCUACAGGGUAAUCCCGAGUGUAGCAAUUUGGGGUUACCGCUUCUGGUACUGAAA